AUGUAUGAAGAAGUGAAUGAGUUGAAGGGUGAUGAAAUGAUUGUACUGAAAGAGCUCAAGAUUGAGAUCGAAAAUGUGAAAGAAGAGGUCCUACAAUGCAAGAAAGAGCUAAGCAAAUUCAAAAUUAAGAACAUGGCGCUUGCUGCUUGUUUGUGUGUUUUGGCUUUUGUGAUCAUCUACCACAUCGUGUCUCAGCAAAAAGAAAGAAUCACUAUUGUAUUUGGUAACUAA